AUGAGAGCCAUAGGAGAUGCAGUUUCUGCUGCUUCCAAGACAUAUAACGGAGUGGAGAAUCCCCGCAAGAGGACCAAAACUUCUUCGUCUUCUUCCAUGAAUCAUAGAACUGCUGCUCAAGCCACAAGAACAAACCGGGCUUGUGACGACUGUCGUAAGCAAAAAACAAGGUGUCUUCCACCCACAAACGAGAGUGCUGGAUGCUCUCGCUGUCAGUUUCUCAAUCUCAAGUGCUCGUUUCAAAAAGAUAACCACAGCGAAUCCAAGACGCCCAUAGCGCAGUCAGAUCGCAUUGAACUGAUAUAUCGUGGAGUCAAUGAAAUAGUCAGUUUACUCAAAAAUCAAGUCAAUUAUCGUCUCAACGACGAUGCAAGACUACUCCUAGAUGCCUCGAGUACAAUGAAACAAGCAUCGCCGCAGACAGUCGAGCCAGAACUCGAUAUUAUGCUGACUGCUGAACCUACGUAUGACUUUCACCACCCUUCCAAAUCCUGUCAAUCUUCACCAUUUUCAAUCGUGUGCAAUCUGCUUCCGGAAAACGGUGUUCCCAACUCGAUACUUCAUUUGGUCAAUCGACCGCAGGCUCCGUUUCGAAAUCGAAAUGUGCCAAAGCCGGAUGUCAUAUCUCUAGGAAUUUUGGAAGAAACUGAAGCUGUAGAAUUGCUUGACGAUUUCAAACAGAACUACGGCCGAUGGGUGCUGUUUCCCUCCAAUAUAACUACUGAAGAAUUGAUCGAGCGUAUAAGACAGAAAUCACCACUUUUACUCACCACUUGCUGUUGCGUAACUCUCCGAUACCUGUUAACUCAUGUUGCUCAAGACGACUACGAAUUGCAGCAUACCAUCAAAAGAAGGAACCAGGACCUUUUAUCGCAGCUUGCCAAAGAACUUGAGGCAGCACUUCUUGGCUACUUUGUGUUUCCUCACAAUUCUAGCCCAGUUGGCGAUGUUGAAUUUCUCCAGGCUGUUGCGGUGCUUUCCAUUUACUCUUUAUCGCUAACCUCUCUUGCUGGGAUUUCAGUGGAGGAUAAGGAGAGCAGUCUCACCAACUUCAGUCUCGAUCCAUGGUACUUGUCGAGUGUUGGACUCAACACCUUCUUAUCAAAAUCAGCAUUUGGACAGCUUGUUCAACACAAGGUAAUCGAUGCCGCAACCUCGCCUUUCACAGUGCUUUUUCAAGAGCUAGACGACGAGGAGCAGACGCUAACCGUGCUACGCAUCUACAAUCACUUGACAAUUGUUCAUCUCAUUCAGUGUGUGUUCAGUGGCAGAAUGUGUGUGUUAGACGAGGUGAGGUUGAACUACUGUACUGCCACUUUGAGCUUGGCAAAACUGACCAAUUUUGACGGCAGAGUUGUCAGUGAAAUUGAGGUCCUUUUGAUCGCCUACAACUACAUCCAAGUAGCCACGGGCAUCAACGACAGAGCCACACCAAGGGAGAGAGAAACGGCAUUUUCGUCAGCAAUGGAAGAAAUGAAACAAUGGUACGACCAAUGGGAGUACUUGUUUUCACAGCCAACAGUACAAUUUGUGGUAUUGUGCUACGAGUUCUGCUUCAUAAUGAUCAUUCUUGUCUUCAACUACCAAAAAGGUUUAUGCGAAGACGUGCCUGCCUUUGACGUUUAUUCCGAGCACAGUCUCAGCACUAUUCUCCGUAGCUGUACUAAAGAGAAUUUACUAUCAUUAUUGGAGCACGGAAACCACUUACUUCUGUUUGAGAAGAUGAUUGACAACGAUUCGUACUUUGCUUGCUUAUCAGACCAGAUCCAUUUUUGCUUUUACUUUGGCGCUAUAGUGAUCAUGAAAACAUUUUUGUACUUGCAGAAUAAUCACCAGGAAAAGAUUAUAGAUGCUGGAAAGCGUAAGGAAACACUACGCCUUAUACAGAGUCUCAUCGACCGCCUCACACGAGUGAGUCAAGGUAUGAAAAACGAUAUACUUACAAAGUAUCGAGAUGGACUUCUGGACAUGUUGAAAUUAUUAGCAUGA